AUGCCAAACACAAGAAGAGUAACCAUCAACCCGACUGUCAAGGUUCAUGAAGUCUUGACCCUUUACGAUUACACUGCUAGCGAAAUAAGUGCCACCUGGUACGAUGAACAUGAAAUGGACAAAAUCGCGAGAAAAUGCUUCAAGAUUCUGCGAAAACUCGAGGACGGGAACGCCAAAAGCGGCAAGUACUGCAUUCGAGGCUUGGAGACUCACACCACAUUGGGCUCCGUCAGCAAGAGAGGCAACAGAGAAGCUGCGAAAACAGCAGUGCUCGAAGAACAAGCAAGGCAAUGGCACGCUGGUAAUGAGGAAACGGACGUCCAAACCAUCUCCGAUUCUUACCGAUGCACAACCUCAAGUUGCCAAAUGUGGGCUCAAGUUGUUGGUAGUCGUGACCGACAAGAAGUAGAAGCCUAUCUAUAUGAUGACGAUGAGGAGGAGGAAAACGAGGAAGAUCAAGUCAUUUUGGAAAAACCAGCUCCUUCCUCUACAGUCGUCUGUUCGCACAGCCAAGAAUCCACAAUAGUACUACGGGCAGCGAUGACAGCUAGUGGUAUCGCUACGGUUCUUCGAUAUUACAGACCAAUGGAACUCACAAUGUAG